AUGAGGGUGGCAUUGGUGUCAAGUCUGACUUUAUUGGUGGUUGUGACUGCAGCCACGGUCAUUCCUUCACUUUCAUUGCACAAUCAGACCGCAACUGCAUCUUUCAACUCUCUCUUACCCUCAUCCACUGCACUCUCUCAAAAUUGUCAUUGUAACACCCCUCAUACACGGCAACAAUGGUGCGAGUAUGAUAUUCACACCGACUAUGCCACUGAGGCGCCCGACACCGGGGUGACCCGCAAGUAUUGGUUCAAUCUGGAGCAUGUCACUAUGGCUCCUGAUGGCCACUCUCGAUUUGCAUUGGCCAUCAAUGGAUCGAUCCCCGGUCCCACUAUCGAGGCAGACUGGGGAGACUAUGUCGUUGUGCACUUGACCAACAAUCUGCCCGACACGGGCAAGAACGGGACGAGCAUUCACUUUCACGGCAUCCGGCAGAACUACACCAACCCCCCGAACGGCGUCGUGUCCAUCACGCAGUGCCUGCUGGCGCCCAACAACACUAUGACAUACCGGUGGAGGGCGGUGCAGUAUGGAAACACCUGGUACCACUCGCACAUUGACCUGCAGGCCUGGGAGGGCCUAUUCGAGGCAUUGUCAUACGGGGGCCUGCCACUGUACACGACCGCCCAGGAGAAUGGGCCCCUAUAUCUGGACUCGGGACUGAUCAACGGGACCAAUGUCUAUGGCUACGAUGACAAUGCCAACCAGACGGGGUACCGCUUCAACACCUUCACGGCCAGCAUGUCGUAUCGACUGCGUCUGAUCAACGUCGCCUGCGACACACACUUCAAAUUCAUGCUUGACAACCACACCAUGACCGUGAUCGCCAACGACCUGGUCCCCAUUCAUCCCUACAAUACUACCGUGCAGACAUCGCCAUGCGUAAGCCAACGACACGAUGCGAUCAUCUCCGCCGACCAAGGCGCUGUCGCGCAGGCCUUCUGGCUCCGCGCCAUCCCGCAGUCCGCCUGCUCGCAGAACCUCAACCCGGACAACAUCAAAGGCAUCGUGUACUACGGCGACGAGCCACAGAUCCCUACCACCGCCCCCUACACCUACACUGACAGCUGCGAGGACGAGAACACGUCCGACUUGCGGCCUGUAGUUACGCCCGACCCCACAGUCUCCACCGUCCCGUUCUACAACACUUCCGAGCCCGUCUCGCUGGCUAAAAACGCGCAGAGCCUGUACCGGUGGAAACUGAACAGCACCUCCGUGCACGUCGACUGGACCGACCCGACCCUGUUAGAAGUGAACCGGGUCCUCCCCCGCGCCAACGAGUGGGUGUACGUCAUCAUCGAGACGUCGCUGUCGGUGCCGCAUCCGGUCCACCUGCACGGCCAUGACUUUUAUAUUCUCGCUCAGGGGAGUGGGACGUAUGACGGUAGCACGACGCCUAUUGACAGCUUGGGGAUGGAUGGGCUGCCUCGGCGUGAUACGGCGAUGCUGAAGGAGAACGGGCAUCUGGUCGUGGCGUUCCGGACGGACAAUCCCGGGGCGUGGUUGAUGCAUUGGCAUAUUGGCUGGCAUACCGAGGAGGGGUUCGAGACGCAGUUUCUGGAGCGGUACAGUGAGGUACAGGGGCUGUUGGACGGGUAUAAGGAGGAGCUGAAGGAGAAUUGGCAGACUUGA